CCCAAUUCAAUGAUUUACAAACUUCCACAUUCGCUUCCCACCUGCAUUUUCCAGACUGACAAAAGACCACCUGGGCACCUCCACCGCUAUCGCGCAUUUCUUCCCAACGUCGCGGAAUCGCGUGAACUGAACCCACAAGCACAAUCGCUUUGAAGGCGCAUACAGCAGCAAUUUCAAAAUGGCUGGUGGCAACGAGAAAGACAAGCUGCAGCGGUACGAACCCCUCAUUACCCCUCCAUCGCCCUUUCGCGGGGUCAACCUCGCAGAGUUUGCGCGCAGCGCUAAUAGUACCUCCUUUGUGUAGAAUCGCUAUCAUAUCUACGGAUAAGUGCAAACCAAAAGUAAAUCCCCAUAUGCCAAUUAUACCUGCGAGAGCCUGGAUUGCUGAUGGCAAGUGCAGAAAUGUAGACAGGAAUGCAAGAAAUCUUGCCCAGUCGUAAAAAGUGGACGCCUUUGCAUCGAAGUGGAUUCAUCGUCCAAGAUCGCCUUUAUAUCUGAGAACUUGUGUAUUGGUUGCGGUAUUUGCCCAAAGAAAUGUCCUUUUGGAGCUAUCAACAUCAUCAAUUUGCCCACGAAUCUCGAGUCCCAGGUUACACAUCGAUAUUCUGCGAACAGCUUCAAGUUACAUAGACUGCCUACGCCACGGCCUGGUCAGGUGUUAGGUCUGGUUGGGUCCAACGGUAUUGGGAAGAGUACGGCGUUGAAGAUCUUGAGUGGAAAGUUGAAGCCCAAUUUGGGCAGAUAUGAUAAUCCUCCGGAUUGGCAGGCUGUCAUCAAGUAUUUCCGUGGUUCCGAAUUGCAAAGUAUGAUGAUCAUCUAAUACCGACCUUCAUGUUACUUACGCGCAUAUGUUAGAUUACUUCACCAAAAUCCUCGAGGAUGACUUGAAGGCCAUCGUUAAACCACAAUAUGUCGACCGUAUUCCAAAAGCGAUCCGCAGCGCCGACAAGACUGUACGAACCCUCAUUGAGGCACAGGCAUCUAUGGACAACAUGGAAGAAGUUCUUGAUAUUUUGGGUAAGAGAGCUCGUUGAUCUAGAUGCUUCAAUACUAACCGAGAUGCCAGAAUUAAACCACAUUAUGGACAGAGACGUCAACCUUUUGUCAGGUGGAGAGCUCCAAAGAUUCGCCAUUGGUACCGUCUGUGUGCAACAGGCAGACGUGUAAGUGAUGUCAGACCUUGAAAAUUUCUGGCACCAAGCUCACAGAUUCUAGCUAUAUGUUUGACGAGCCGUCCUCCUACCUUGAUGUUAAGCAACGUUUGAGUGCUGCAAAGGUCAUCCGUUCAUUACUUCGACCAGAUGAUUAUGUUAUCUGUGUUGAGCACGAUCUUUCAGUGCUUGAUUACCUCUCCGAUUUCAUUUGUGUUCUCUACGGUAAACCAGCCGUCUACGGUGUGGUCACACUUCCAGCAUCCGUACGAGAAGGUAUCAACAUCUUCUUGGACGGAAACAUUCCUACAGAAAAUCUUCGGUUCAGAGAAGAAUCUUUGACUUUCCGUAUCGCUGAGGCCGCUGAUGAAUUCAUGGCUGAUCGAUCCCGUGCAUUCCAAUACCCCUCAAUGGAGAAAACACUUGGAAGUUUCCACCUCAAGAUUGACGCCGGAGAUUUUACUGAUUCUGAGAUUAUUGUCAUGAUGGGCGAGAACGGAACAGGAAAGACCACUUUUUGUAAGAUGUUGGCUGGUGCUACAGCCCCCGAUGGUAACCAAAAGGUUCCCGGUAUGAAAGUCAGCAUGAAGCCCCAAAAGAUUACGCCAAAAUUUGAAGGAACCGUUCGACAGUUGUUUUUCAAGAAAAUCAAGACUGCCUUCCUUCUCCCUCAAUUCCAGACGGAUGUUGUCAAGCCUCUCAAGCUUGAGGAGUUCAUCGACCAAGAAGUCAAGACCUUGUCUGGAGGAGAAUUGCAGCGUGUUGCCAUUGUCCUCGCCCUUGGUAUGCCUGCAGACAUCUACCUCAUCGAUGAACCUUCCGCCUACUUAGAUUCUGAGCAACGUAUCAUUGCUGCUCGUGUGAUCAAGAGAUUCAUCAUGCACUCCAAGAAGACUGCAUUUAUCGUCGAGCACGACUUCAUCAUGGCAACAUAUCUUGCAGACCGUGUUAUUGUCUUUGACGGACAGCCAGGAAUUGACGCUCGUGCCAACACACCCGAGUCUUUACUCACAGGUUGCAACAAGUUCUUGGAGAAUCUUGAUGUCACUUUCCGUCGUGAUCCAAGCAACUACCGACCUCGCAUCAACAAGCUCAACUCUCAACUGGACCAAGAACAGAAGUUGAGUGGCAACUAUGUAAGUCAUCGAACUUUCAAAUGUCACGCGUUAUAUGUACUAAUCGAAUCUUCAGUUCUUCCUGGAGGAAGACAAGUCUUCUAGUAGUUGAACUGGGCGCACCAAAUAAACCAUCUCCCGCGGUGCAGGAUGCAUCGAUAGGCGUUAAGGGGUUAGCAUUGCAAGGCGUAAAGGGUAGGACGGGCCUUCUGGAUGAAGAGACCUGCAACGAGCAAGACGAGCCUGAUGACUAACAUCAGCGGCGGCAUUCUUCCCCCGUUUUCUGGUCCCACGAGCCUACUGCCAUUCAUUCCCUUUAUUUGUAUCAUCGGCAAUUGAGUAAGUGGAUGGAGGGAUUACGGUUCAGGCUGGAAGAAUUGCCGUCGGUAACCGAGAUGCUGGUAUUAUGUGCACAUGUACCAACAGCAUUUUGAAAUCAUGGUUACGGAGUGAAUAA